GUCGAGCCCUGCUCAGGGCCCGAAUUCUGGGGUCGGGCGGGUAGCUCCACCACCUGGGCGAGGCGCAGGCCGUCCAUCAUCCGAGGUCUACCACAUUGGAGUCCUGGGUACCUGGCAGGCCUGGGUGGUGCCGCAUACAUCUGUACUGUGUGAGGUGAGUGUCGACGCAACCAUCACGCGACAACUGCGAGCUUUGGUUUUUGGGAAAACACCACCAGUCCUGUCCUGCCUCUUCUAGCUCUCACUCUUUCUCUGUAUCUCUCGCUCUUGCUUCUUGUCUGCUCCCCCGCCCCCACGUCUCCGCCCGUGAAUAGCUUCAACUUUAUUGCUCUCCUCGCAGGGCAGCCAGCAGCAAGAAGCAGCAACACCAGCAGCCAGACCAGCAGCCACGAUGGGAAUCAUCAAAAAGACCUUCUACACGACCGUCCUCACGGGCACUGCCUUUGUCGGUUACGUCGCCGGCUCCACCUCCAUCAUCCGCCCGCUGCCCCGCGACGACCCCAUCUGGAAGAGCAACCCAUACAACCGCUACAACGUGCAGAACAACCCCUCGACCCAGGAUGUCUGCAUCAAGCGCAUACCAAUCUCCAAGAUCCGCCCCGAGCUCCUGCAGCAGGAUGGCGCACUGGCGCUUGAGUUCUGCCGUGGUGUCUGGGCCGGCUGGGGCUACAGGUCCCAGCGCCGCAUCCUCGCCAACAAGUACCAGGCCGACACCCCCGACCACCUCUGGUCCCCCCGCGACCUGGCCACGUCCAACUACGAGCCCGGCACGCGCAUAACAGACCACUUCGAGGUGGUCGAGAGGACGCCCUCGGCCAUCACGGUCCGCUGCGGCGACAGCCCCGUGCGCAGCCCCGGCCCCCGCGAGAGCGACGGCAUCUUCGUCAUGUACGCCGAGGUCGACAAGGAGCGGGGCGAGGUCGAGCUGGGCCUCAAGAGCUGCUUCUUCGACUCCAAGAACAAGCACGACGGCAUCCUGGGGCCCAUGCCCAAGUACAUGGAGGCCGCCCACCAGUGGUACUCGAGGCUGUGGAUGGUCAGCGCCAGCCGCUGGGUGACCAAGGGCUUCUUCUGAUGGUCGGGUCUGGAGCACUGCGCUUUUCCUUCAGGCGCAUAUCGGUCUGCUUGGUGGUGAUGGGUCGGGGUCGGUUAUGGAGGAUCUGAAAAAUGGUCGCGUACGGGACAAACAAUUGGCUAUUCAUGGCAACAGCGUUGGGCAUGGUUCGGGGCUGCCAGCCGCAUGUUUAAUGGAGCGACAUUCAUAUCGUGCUGGAAGAAGCGAUGGUGCUGUUGUCCAAAAAUUUGUACAAUACGUUCAAGGUCGACGCAGCCAAAUUACAAAUUAAAAAAAUGUUUCGGAGCGGCCAGCCACGACGGCGAGUCAGCCAGUGAUGCUGUCAGCAACGCAGCAAGCCGUCAUCAUCCAACGCCAAUUCGACCGAUUGCAAGAGUCAGCGACGUCUCACGGUUCACCACCCACGCAGAUAUGAGACAUGCAAUCAUGCUGCUUGACCAUGCAUACGAAGUCACAUCCUGAGCGUGUCCCAUCGGCUACCCGGGAGGGCCGGGAGGGGGCGUCGUCGUCAGCCGCGUAAACAACGGAGGCCAGAAACAAGACCUCCGGUCCGAGCAUGUCCUCCGCACGGCAGCAUCUGCCGGACCGAUACAACAACAGGAAGCGAUCAUCCCUGGCAGCGAGCACGGAUGCGAAAAGGCUCGAAGGCUGGAAGCCCAAUUGGCAAUGGCCAACCAUUCUGCCUGUAGGCUUGCAUUAGACCGUUUGUGGCAUGUCCAACCGGGUUUGGC